ACCGGUAUAUCUUAAAUACGAGAAAUAGCCAAAUACUGACUACACUAUCAAGCAAAUAGCAUACAAACAAAAACUGAGAAAAAUAGCGCAUUUGGGUAUUUCUGCUGGCGCGUGACCACUUCUUUGGCUUGAAAACUACGGUCUUUGCUGCAUACCGUAACUUUCAGCAUUGCUGGGCGAUUUUCUGAGUUUGCUGCUUAUCUGCAUCUAUUUAUCUAUGGGUUGACAAUUGAAUGCUUAUGAUGACGAACAUGAGGAAAUAUUUAGGAUUUUUAUUAAUCGUAUAUUGCUUUAGCGGAAUCGAAAGUUACAACAACCGAUUGAUGAGCUGCCCUUGUUCUGUUGCAAAAUACUGCGAUCGCAUUGAUGCACCCGGGAGACGAGAGGUAUUUGGUUUCGGGGUAAAUUUGACAAAUUACAGAAGCUUUAACUGGACCAAGUUGACAACACUAGUUGUUUAUGAGACAGAGUUGAAUAAAGUGGGAAUAGAUUUAGUUUGUUUGGCUCAUCAGCAUCAAACUCGUGUACUUGUUGUUGCUCCUAUCUCUGGCGAAGAUUUGAAAAAUGCUACAGCUAGAACUGAAGUUGUGAAGUACUUCCAUGCAUUUGCUGAAAAAAAUUAUCUUGAUGGAGCAGAUAUUGACGUUGAGAUAAAUACUUUAGAACUUGCGCUCAGAAAUGGAUUGACAGAUUUUGCAGCUGAAUUGAAAUACACUUUUAAGGCAACAUGGCCAAGUUCUAUUGUUGUUGUUGAUGUAUUCUGGCUGCCAAACAUAUAUCACAACACUUGGGGAUUGGCCGAUGCUUGUGAUUUUUUGUUUAUCAUGGCAUACGAUGAACAGCAUGAUAUGUUACCUCCUUGUGUUGCCAGAGCAAAUGCUCCUUAUGCUCAAACUCAAGCUGGGGUAGCUGCAUUUCGAGCCAUUGGAAUACCAGGAGAGAAACUAGUGGUUGGUUUGCCGUGGUAUGGUUACAUUUAUAACUGUUCGAAUCUUACUGAUCAGAAUUUAUGUUACAUUAAGAAAGACCCAAAUAAAAAGACACAUUGCACUCAAAGUGUUGGGAAAGAAUUGGACUAUAGAGUGAUUUUGAAGAUUUUGCCUAAUUCAAUGGGUGGGCGCCAGUGGAGUGAUGUUUAUAAGUCUCCAUUCUUAAACUAUAAGGACAAUUCCACAGGAAUUAUUCAGCAAAUUUGGUUUGACGAUCCGGAGAGUCUAAGCUUGAAGUAUAGUCUGGCAGAUAAGUUUGACUUGAGAGGGGUCGGUGUUUGGACUGUUGAUGCACUGGAUUAUAACCCAUCUGACCAAGUAACCGCAGCAAUGUGGAAUGCGGUCCCAUCCUAUAAAUGACAAUGAAAGCUCAGUUUUUUCUUCAGAUGUGAUACGAUACAACAUAGUUUUUCCUUUCUACCCAUUGCAAUCAAUACCUUCCUUCCUAUGCAUACAAACAUAAUAAGUCAAUUUCUUCAUUUUUUUUCAAUUAUUAUUACUUGCAUUCAAUUAAAGGUACCAAGAUUAUUAAAUUGAUCACAUGCAACUUGA